AAAAAAAAAAGAAAAGAAAAAUACUCUAUUAUUUCUAAUACAUAAACAUAGACAUAUUGUUGUUUUUAUAUAUGCAAUAGAUGGAAGUGUACAUUUGCAAUCUUGGUUCGUUUAUGUGAUCAUCAAGAAAAAUGAGUCGUCUAGCACCAUUAUCAGAAGUGCCAACAAACGAAGAAGAACAUGAAACUUCUUCAUCAUCAAAGAAAUUAGCACAAACAUGGAGGAAUUGGCUUAAAACUCAUUUGUCAUUGCUCUUCAUUACCAAGAAAUCUAACCUCAGGAUUCUCCUCAGUGUUCUUGGCUGCCCUCUCUUCCCUGUUUCUUUUCUUCCUAAAAUGCCCUUUUCUCAAGUUUCGUCAUCAGCUCAAUACAUUAUUCAACACUUCACAGCAGCAACUGGCUGUAGGAAGAUUGAAGGGGCAAUGAUGAAGAACAUGUAUGUCAGCGGGAAAGUUGCGAUGGCGAUAGUAGACGAGCUCGGAUCAACCGGUUCGCCUGCCGGAUCUAGCAGUACUGGCCUUUCACAAAAGGGAUGCUUUGUUUUGUGGCAAAUGGUACCUAACAAGUGGUUGAUUGAGCUAGUUGUAGGUGGUCAGAAAGUUGUAGCUGGUAGUGAUGGCAAUGUGGCUUGGAGGCACACACCUUGGCUAGGUACUCAUGCUGCCAAAGGCGGCAUCCGCCCUCUCCGCCGUGCUCUUCAGGGGCUUGAUCCACUGGCUAUAGCAGCAGUUUUCUCUGCAGCAGAAUACAUUGGUGAAAAGAAAAUGUUGGGUAUGGAUUGCUUUGUUCUAAAAUUAUCGGCGAAUCACCCUGACUUAACUGAAAGGAGCGAUAACACAGCAGAGAUGAUCAAGCAUGUUGUGUUUGGUUACUUCAGCCAAAGAAGUGGCUUGCUAGUUUAUGUAGAAGACUCAUACUUAACCAGAAUUCAGUUUCCUGGUUCCCCUCCAACUUAUUGGGAAACAACAAUGGCUACAAAAGUCGAGGAUUACCGGCCUGUAGAGGGUGUGAUGGUUGCACAUUCAGGUUGUUCAAGCGUGAUUAUCACGAGAUUUGGUGACAACUUGAAGGCAGGGCCUGCAAUCACCCGAAUGGAAGAGACGUAUAUCAUCGAUGAUGUUGCAUUCAACGUCCCAGGACUCUCCAUUGACUCUUUUAUUCCUCCUGAAGGAUUAAACAAGACGCAUCAUGAGGAAAAUCUGGAUUGGAGGUCACCGUUACAUCAACAAUAAUGACCGAUUAAGCCAUCAUAAAUAUUGGUAAUUCGGAUGGUACUGACCUACACACUAUUAACAAGUGAUCCUAAUAUUGUGUAUAUAUGCUGCAAAACAGGAUUCCUGAAGAAUGGUUUUUUGUAUCCGUGACUAGUAGUUUCAUUUUGGUAUUUUUCCUCUUUGUUCUGUUGUAUAUGCUAACAGAGCAGCAUAGGAAAUGUAUUACUGUCUUCUUCUUUCUUUUGGAAUAAUUUUGAUGUAUUUGGACUGAUUGAAAAAUUCUCUGUAAAAGUUUUGAAAAUCUCAAAACAACUAUUAACGCG